AUGGCGACGGCCACAGCGAUGGUAGUGGUGGUGAUGGCGACAAGCGUCAGCGAGUCAUCAUCUUCAAGUUGGCAGGAUGACGACUCGACAUGGCAAGCAGCUGACACCGAGUUCGUCUUGUGUACCAUACCAUCUGUCCUCGCUGUGGCAUCCGAUGAGCUCUCCUAUGCUCUACGUAGGCAACAUGUGAAGGGGGCACAGGUCACCAGGGGUCCGACCGUCGCGCAACGAAACCCCAACUCCUAUGCUGAUACCGCGUUCGACUUCGGCCACGUUGCCGCAGGAGUAGCGGAAUUCUGUUCGCGCCCUUUCCACAAAUCGGGAUUCAUUUCGAGAGCAGCGUUUGGAAACGAUGACGAUUGCCACGCUCUGCCACGCUCUGACAUCGCCGUCCAAGAGCCAUGGAACAACGAUGCGGGAGUUGAAAACAUCAGUAUUCCAGAAUCAUUUCUUCAAGAGCAGCGGCCAGCAAUUAAACGGAGCACUCCCGAUGCGUGA